ACCAGCUGUACUGAAGCAGCUUCCAGCUGGACACAAACCCAAACAUACAACCAGAGUUACACUUGAAUGGUUCAUACCAGUGUAGAUUGGCCCAGUCUAAGUCCCAAUCUAAAUUAAUUCAAGAAUCUUUAGUGAAGCUUGAACAUUAGUGUUCACAGACACUGUCCAUUUUGCAGCCUUAUGGACAGUAAAAGUAAAGGAACGGAUGUCAGCCCGAUAAGUUUAUUGGUUUAAAAUGAAACUCCACACAUAAAUGCUUGGGAAAGAGAAACUCGGAAUUUGCAAAACAUGAUUAUAAAUUUUAUCAUAGUUUCUCAAUUAGACUCAGAGUUUUGACUGAAUUUUAACUGGGCCAUUCCACACACUUUGAUUCAGAUCAUUCCACUAUAUGGUUGGUUCUUUGUUGCUCUGCUGGAAGUUAAAUCGCCAUUGCGGGCUCAAAUUUUCUGACUCCUCCAAAAGGAGAUUGGCCGGUGUUGAGAACGACUCUGCCACCACAUUUUGACUGCAUUUGAGAUGCUUUGGCAUGACUUCAAUUAUGCCAUUCAUGCGGGAAAGCCCUCCAGUGUGGCCAUAAUAAAACAAUUCUGCAGAGAGGAGUGGGCCACAUCACACUGAAGUAAAAGACGUAUGGCAGUCCCUGCUGCCAGGACUGGCACAACAGAUAGGGGGAUUAGAUAGUCCUCCCAUCCCAUUUGCUUCAUGACAUGAACAUUUAAGUGUGGCAAAAAAGAGGAUAGAUAUUACAAAAGACAAAUAAAAUUUCUUAUUGGGAUUUUGCUAUUGAUAAACGACCAAUAACAAAAUAGAUUUUUUAUUUUUAUGGGGCCUCAUCCGUCCACCCCUUUGAGAAACUGUGGCUCUUCCGAAUUAGUCCUUAGAACUUGUUGACUUAGCAGGAAGCUGUUUCAAUUGGGGAAGUAGGUAAUAAAAGCAAAUCGCACAUCUUGUCACACGUUCUUCUUCCAAAGACUGGUGCACAAGAACGCAGCCCAGUUCACCUUCAGGUGCCUGCCGGCCUCACCGCACCUGUCGCAGGUUAUCCUGAAAUGCCCCCUGUCUGAUCCAGCAGAUCAGACCCCCCACACGUAGAGAAAUCCAGGCCAAUCCCAUGUCGAGGAAUUAAAACAAAGUGUUGCUGCACCGUCUCCCGUCUGUCUGUGUUUAUGAUCCGAGCUUGCGCACUGAGCGCGUCCAUUGUCUGGUCAGCAGCGGCAGCAGCAGCGGCAGCAGCAGCAGCGGCGGCGGCGAUGAGCGGCGAGGAGCGCCCGAUCUGAGCGCAGGGGAGCGGCUUCACUGUGACCCCGAUCUCCGGGGAGGGGGGCAGGAGGAGGAGGAGAAGAAGUGUCCUCUGGUUGGAGCUCACCGGACCGGACCAGCGCUCGGUGACGACGUCAUUUAUUUCCAAGACAGACCGUCUUUUAUUUUUUUUCUGGCGGUCAGACAGACAGCAACAGUUGUCACGAUGUCUGAGAUCAGACGAGUGGCGAGCGGCGGAGUAAAGACUGCGGCGCUGCUGUGAUCCGGACCGGCCGGGGUGAUUCAGCCGUCUGAAGCAGCUGGGACAGCGCGGGGGAGCGGCGUGCAUCUGUUUAACCUUGCAGGGAUUUGGUUCGGCUCGGCAGCCACCCCCCCUCCAUCCGGUUGUGUCGAGGUUAUCUAUUUUAAUUAUAAUAUAUUAAUUUGUCUGAGGGUGAGGUGAAUCCAGACGUCAGGGCUGGCUCAUGUUCCGCUCGGCAGGGAAACGGGCUGUUGCGUCUGCAGAGAGUCAGAGCUGACGAGUCUGCUGAGACACACGGACAGACAGACAGGCAGGCAGGCCGAGAGACAGACAGGAACGAGGGGAGGGAAGGGGGGGCACAGCCUGUUUGGGCUUUCUCGACCCCUUUACGGAUCGAGCCACCCAGAACCCCCACCCAUUUCUCUCCCGCUUUGGAUGGGGGGGAAGCAGAGCACGGCAGGGCGGCCCCGGGGUGCUUUUCCCGGCGUCUCUUCGGAUGACAGCGCGGUGCCACCCUCGGCCCACUUUGGUCACUACCGGCCGAGCGGCACCAUGGGCCUGCGGAGCCGCUCGGUGAGCUCCGUGGCCGGGAUGGGCAUCGAACACAGUCCCGCCGUGCCCUUCGGCUUCUACACCCCAAGAGGGACGGACUCGGACCGAGCCGGAGGAGGGUCUGGGGGCACUACGGCGGCCCCCCACGGAACCGGCUACCAGGACUCUGGGGGCGGCGGGCAUCACACGGACGGGGUGCUCUAUUUGGGGUCCCGGGGGUCGCUGGCUGACACCUUACCCCUGCACAUUGCACCCCGCUGGUUCAGCGCGCACAGCGGAUUCAAGUGUCCUGUCUGCUCCAAGUCUGUGGCGUCCAAUGAGAUGGAGGUCCACUUCAUCAUGUGUCUCAGCAAACCUCGCCUCUCCUACAACGAUGAUGUGUUGGCGAGGGAUGCCGGUGAGUGUGUGAUCUGUCUAGAGGAGCUGCAGCAAGGGGACACCAUAGCCAGACUGCCGUGCCUCUGCAUCUACCACAAAAGCUGUAUAGACUCAUGGUUUGAGAUCAAUCGGUCCUGCCCUGAACACCCCUCCGACUGACCAACCACCUGGCCCACUCUGAGUACUCUUCAAGGACAUAUUAGGUUCCUGCCAUGGACAUCUGGACACAGACGCUACCAAAUCUGAUGAAACAAUCAAAGUGAUCAUCGCAUACUCGCCGUGACGGAAUCCAUAGCCCUAUCAGACAACCGUUCCUUGUAAACUGAACCAAAAAGAAAAUGUGACUUUCCAACCAUCACGCAUUAAAGGGCCUCUGUUAAGCUUUUUAUUUCGAAACCUGCUGAUGAUACUGCAUACAACGUGGACCCUCUCCCGCCUCCCUUCAGACACCCCUCCAAAGCAAAGCAUGGUCUUAACGGGCCUCUCAUCUCGUCUCUGGGUCCAGACCUGUCUGUAACUUGCGUCCAGUCCUCCCAUGGCCUUAACUGGGUGGGGAUGGGGGAAGGAGGAAGCAGGGCAGGGUGAGUGGAAGAGGAAAAGGAACCACAUGAGGAUGAAGGAGAGGGAGAGGCAGAAAACUGCAAACAGACUUGUACAUUAUUCAGUCGGCCUCUCAUCUCACACAAACAGGACUCCAGCUUGGUGGUGAUCUCUCAUAAAAGACUGCCUCACAGUGCGCUCCUCUUUCAUAGCCCCCUGCCUCAGUUCUGGGUACCGUCCGCACCAGAUUGAUUACAUCAGAAAGUACAUAAAAUGCUUUUCAGAUCAGGUCUGCGCACAUCUGAGCAGGAAGAGAGAGAAACUGGCACGUCAGCUUGUCCGGUGCGUUUGCCUGGUCUGAAGACGGGCGUGGUGGGGUGGAGAAGAGGGGAAUGGUCUGCACAUGCUCAAUCCAGACUGGGAGGGAGGAGGGAGCCGGAAGCAAUGUAGUUUACGCCCUUAAAGCAUGUAUGUGUGUGUGUGUGUGUGUGUGUGUGUGGUGUGUGUGCGUGUGUGUGCGUGUGUGCGUGUGUG